CCACAACACUGGGCAUCACGCUGGAGGGCGAAAAAGAUGGCGUUCGCCGUGCCGCAAGCAUGGUGCCGUGUGUCGCGAGUUAUACCUUUGAACAGGUGCAAUUACAGUGUCUCCACGUCGCAAAAAAGCUACCGGCAUAUCUGCAACCUCCACCUCCUUCGAAACAACAAUGUAAAUAUGUGUCUGUUUCGCAGCCCGCCGCUGACGCGAUGCUACAGCUCGCCGCCUCAGCGCAAGGGCUUUUUCGGCCAGGUCUUCGAGAACAUAAAACAAGAAAUGGUGCAGAGCAAAGAGAUGAAAGAGAGCUUAAAGAAAUUUCGCGAAGAAGCGGCAAAGUUGGAGCAGUCGGAAGCGCUCCGCAGUGCUCGGCAGAAGUACGAGAACAUCGAGGCGGAGACGGCCAAAGGGUCGCAGCAAAUCAAGGAGCAGCUCGAAUCUCUCAAAGGAAAGAUCCGAGAAGGCAUCGAAGAGGCGCAGAAGAGCGAGAUCGGAAAGAUAAGUCGGGAAUUCACCGAGGAGCUGGCCAAAUCCGCAAAGACGGCGGCGGAGACCCUCGCCAAGCAGGGCGACCAGCUCGGCAAAUCGGGCGCCUUCCAAGCCGUCUCGUCGGGCAUCAAAGCGGUCAAGACUGAAAUCGACGUCUCGACCAUUCCGGGCGCCAGGGUAUACCGGGCGCCGGAGAAACUCCGCAAGCGUUCGGAGUCGAGCAGCGCCUCCGCCGCUGAACCGCGGGUGGUGAGCCCGAACGAAGAGGCGACGGGCAUCGAGCUGCACAAGGACUCGCGCUGGUACCAGAGCUGGCAGAACUUUCGCGAGAACAACCCGUACGUGCACAAGUUCUUCGACCUCAAAACCCAGUACGACGAGAGCGACAACCCGCUGGUGCGAGCGUCGCGGACGCUCACCGACAAGGUGAGCGACAUCUUUGGCGGCCUCUUCCAGAAGACUGAGCUGUCCGAGGUGCUCACCGAGAUCUGCAAGAUGGACCCGGCCUUCGACAAGAACGAGUUCCUCAGGCAGUGCGAGACGGACAUCAUCCCCAACGUGCUGGAGGCCAUCGUCCGCGGUGACCUGGAGAUCCUGCGCGACUGGUGCCACGACGCGCCCUUCAACGUGCUCAGCACUCCCAUCAAGCAGGCGGCACAGCUGGGGUACCGCUUCGACUCCAAGGUGCUGGACGUGACCAACGUUGACCUGGCCAUGGGCAAGAUAAUGGAGCAGGGCCCAGUGCUCAUCAUCACCUUCCAGUCGCAGCAGAUCAUGGUGGUGCGCAACGCCAAGGGGGACGUCGUAGAGGGGGACCCUGAGAAGAUCAUGCGGAUGCACUAUGCCUGGGUCCUAUGCAGAGACCAGAACGAGCUGGACCCCAGGGCCGCCUGGAAGCUCAUGGACCUUUCGGCCAACUCGGCGGAACAGUGGCUCUAACCCCGGCGCGGUUCUAGACGUGGGCAGCCCUCGGAAGACAGUCCCACCGGCUGUUUCGGGGCACUGACGACAUAUAGGUGAAAUUUAGGAAUCAAGAUUGAGGUAAUGAAGGCUGACCUGCCAAAGUGAGGUGCUCCCUUCCAAAGGGCGGCGGUGUCAACUUGUUGGUCGGUUUUGUUUGCGGCUGUUCCCAAAACCGGCGGGAAUCCCCAGACGUAAUAUGAAUGAUACGGGAUCGAGUAAUUGGCUUGAAAGCGAUGGGUGGCAUUACAAGAUUGGUUGCACGAAAACGUUUUCUCUUCAUCUUCACACCGAAGCCUAUGUCAUUUCUGAUUUCAUAAUUCAUUUUUUUGUUUUGUAGGUUUGUGAGUUAUAGAUAAUAGGUAGUACUUACCAUAAGUAGGGUGUUGAACCCAUACUGAAAUAAAACGGUACAAUCCGUUAUUUUAAAAUUGCCAA